GUAGCAUUUGGCGUCCAUUAUACCAGUCCGUUCAAAAAGUAAAUAACUAAACAUUGUUCAUUCGUAACUGUUUUAUUACGUCUGCAUUGCACGAUUUAGGUUCACAGCAUUUUUUCCGUAAUGCAUGGGCUGGUCAAUACCACGUUGCGUUAUGGGAAAACGUUACGUUUAUAGGUUUCAGCCUACAAAUAUGUUCGAACGUACAGUACCGUGAAAAAGUAUUUGCCACCUUUCUGAUUUCUGUGUUCUUUGCAUUUUUAUCGCACACAACGAUUUCAGUUCGUCAAAACAAUUUUAAACUUCUCCUCGAUCAAUUGCGUUGAGUGUCAGUCACGAUCACAGCACGUGACGUACCAACUCUUUGAUGUUAAUCAGCGGCGGCGGCAAACACGUUAGAUGGUCCGGAAAAAGGAGCGAGGGUGUGUCCGUGUGCAGUCCGUGAACAGGUGCGCUGAGGUGGGCGGGGGUGUUCCGCUUUUCCACGCCGGGCAUGUUCCAACAUAUCCACAGACUACACGUUAAGCAGCAGCGGCAGCGGCGGCAGUAGCAGCAGUCGCAGUGGCGAUGUAAUCCCACCACGCGAGAUGUGGAUUUGACCGUCUUUCUGGUGUCAGAGCGCUCCGGCGAUGUCUCCUCCAGCCAAAGUGACGCGAGACGGACUGCUGGAGAAGCGCAGCGGUGGUCUCCUGCAAAUUUGGAAGAAGAAGCGCUGCGUGCUGACCGACGAGGGGCUCCGGUUGCGCGGCUGCAUGGGUCAGUCGGCCGCAGGUCACGCACCCUGCGCGGCGUGGAGCUCGGGCUCCAGAGCCAAAGAGCUGCUCUUCGAACACAUGGUGACGGUGGACUGCGUGGAGUACAAGCGAGGACUGGUGUACUUCACCGUGGUCAUGAACACCGGCAAGGAGAUCGACUUCCGCUGUCCGCAGGACGGUACGGCGUGGAACGCGGAGAUCGCCUUGGCUCUGGUCCGUUACAAGAACCUCCAAGCCGUGCAGACUGGGAGGAAGAGACUCAUUUCCACCGCUCAUCUGAGCGGCACCGAGGAGGAUGACGAGAAGUGACAAUUUAAGUGGAAGAAUACGUACUUGUGUGAAAGAAAAAUACAGCAUUUCGACACCCUUGGCGUGAAGCAAUAAGAAGGGCUCCCGGGUCUUUUCCAAACGACGGGAAGAAGCAGUUGAUGCGUUACAUGAACGUUUUCAGACAGAGGUCCUUUUCUGUUAUUUCCGACGUGGAUAACCAUGUGCUAUGAAGUCAUUGACACUUGGAUUCUUUCACCGUGUGUGUGUCUUGAUAUUUCGCAAACCUCUUCUACCAGACAUUUUGUCUCUGCUUUUGAUGGGAAAAAAAUACUGUUUGACUGACUUAUAAACUACCGCAAUACAGACUGAUAAUAUUAGCACGCUUGUCCGAGGAUUGUCAUGAAGAAUAACAAUUUUUGCUCUCAUUCCUGGUACAAUUUUUGUUUCAUAAAAUGUCAUGCGGUAUAAAUAAAACAUUACUAAUCCUAUUAGUGAGCUCCAAUUUUCAUAACCAACCACAUGAAUGAUAAAGUACAUGAAUCCCUGCUGUACUCAAGACAGUAAAGGUCAAAUGAGAAGCCCGGAGAGCUGAAUAACCUGAACGCGUGAAGCUCAGCAAUGUCUCCUCAUCAGCUGGCUCUUAUUAGCCAGCUCGAGCAGAUGAUGUUCAUGCUGCAUGUUGCAUGUUUUGCAUGUCACCAAAACAACAGGCUGAGUGUUAGCUGUAAUGCCCAGUCCAAGUCAGAAUGGGAGGGGGGGCGAGAAAAGGGUUUAUUGUGUCCUGGAUGUCUUUCAUUACACUGUGGAAAACCCCAACUGCUGUUGCCACACCUCAUGAGUCAGCAGGGAAGAAACGGUAAGACAAGAGAGACAUCAUGCACGUUCUCUCUCUGGAUAAAUAACUUGGGCCUCAGGUAAAAAAUGACUCAAUUUUUGUUCAAUGUAACCACUGCCAAUAUGUGAGCCAUGUAAACAUAUAUAUCAUUACUCAUCGCAAAGGGGUGAAUUUUGCAGCUAACACACGUACUUGUAAGCAAUACUAUGGAAAACUGUCACCUGAUGAGUGAUGAUCAAAGCUAGAGCAUCAAACAUUAAUGUGAACUGGAAUCAAAUUGUUUUGGGAGUCAGUCAUUCUUAUUGCAACCACUAGAGGGUAUCCUCCCCAUGUUUCCAGUUCUGUGUGUGUGCUUUUUAUAUUUUUAGUUCCCACGAAGUGGCAGGGGCACACCGGAUUCGUCCUUGGACCACAACAACUUCAUGCUGUGUUUGAUUCAAGACGCAACGGACCAAAUGUCACCUAUCUGCCACAAAUAAUGUGCAGUAUCUUUGUUAUUCUAGCUAUGCUAGCGAUGUACAGUUAGCUUUUUUUAUCGU